AAAUCCGGAAGCUGCACCUGACCCGGCAGCAUUUCUGGGAUAUCGCCGCCACUAAAAAGACUCUGAUUUGACGUAGGGACAAAAAGUCCGGGAACAAAACGGUAUGGACUCUCCAGGCAAAAGUCAAAGUCCCAAUCCUGCACAGAAGGAACACAGUGGAUCUUCAGAAGAUGAGUCCAGUCCAGCUGCAGUGAAGCCCCAACAGGCCGACUUGGUGGAGAGGAGCCCCACAGACAGGCCCUCCCCGCAGGCCAGUCCUGCAGGCCGCAGCCGCUCUGGGAGCCCGGCCUCCAGCAGCUCAGACGACAGCACCAGCAGUGAUGAAGAUGAUCAACAUAAUGGGGCGCUGAGGAGGCUCAGGAGCAGCGUGGCCCAGAUCAAAAGAUCCAGAUCCAGGUCCAAAGAACAAGAUCGAUCCAGAUCUAGAUCCCACGGAUCCAGGUCCAAAUCCAGAGAACGAGACGGAUCCAGGUCAAGGUCCAGAGAAAGAUCCAGGUCAAGGUCCAGAGACAGAUCAAGAUCAAGGUCCAGAGGAAGAGACAGAUCCGGUUCCAGGGGACGAGACAGAUCCAGGUCCAGAGAGAGGGAGAGAGACCGGGAGCGCUACGACAGAGGACGCUAUGCUAGAGAUCGCUAUGAUGAUCGUCGUGAUGACAGGAACGGGCGUUUUCAACGGUGGCCCAAUCGAGAUGCAGAGUCGGAUCACAGGAGGCGUGGCCGCUCUGCUGAUUCUCCGACAGACAAGGAGCCGGUGGCGGCAGAUGAGCCACCGGUCAAAAAGAAGAAGGAGGAGAUUGACCCAAUCCUGACGAGGACUGGUGGCGCUUACAUUCCCCCCGCCAAGCUGCGUAUGAUGCAGCAGCAAAUCACUGACAAGAGCAGCCUGGCCUAUCAGAGGAUGAGCUGGGAGGCUCUAAAGAAGUCCAUCAACGGAUUGAUCAACAAAGUCAACGUGUCGAACAUCGUCAACAUCAUCCAGGAGCUGCUACAGGAGAACAUCAUCAGGGGGAGGGGUCUCUUGGCUCGCUCAGUGCUGCAGGCUCAGGCAGCGUCUCCCACCUUCACCCAUGUUUACGCCGCCGUCGUUGCCAUUAUCAACUCCAAGUUCCCUCAGAUUGGAGAGCUGAUCCUCAAGCGUCUCAUCAUAGCUUUCAGGAGGAGCUACCGCCGCAACAUCAAGCUUCAGUGCCUGACAGCCUCAAAGUUUGUGGCUCACCUCAUCAACCAGAACGUGGCCCAUGAGGUUUUGUGUCUGGAGAUGCUCACCCUGCUGUUGGAGCGUCCGACAGACGACAGCGUCGAGGUCACCAUCUCCUUCCUGAAAGAAUGUGGACUUAAACUGACCGAGGUCUCCCCCAGAGGAAUCAAUGCCAUAUUUGAGCGUCUCAGGAACGUCCUUCACGAGUCGGCCAUCGACAAGAGGGUCCAGUACAUGAUUGAGGUGAUGUUUGCCAUCAGGAAGGACGGUUUCAAAGAUCAUCCAGUGAUCCCAGAUGGCCUGGACCUGGUGGAGGAGGACGACCAGUUCACCCACAUGCUGCCACUGGACGAUGAGUACAACCUGGAGGACAUCAUCAAUGUGUUUAAGCUGGACCCGGACUUCCUGGAGAACGAGGAGAAAUACAAAACCAUCAAAAGAGACAUCCUGGACGAGGGCAGCAGCGAUUCAGGAGAGGAGGCAGACGGCAGCGACGAAGAUGAAGAUGAGGAAGAAGAGAACGAGGAAGUCGGAGAAGAUGAGAAGGUCACCAUCUUCGAUAAGACUGAGGUCAACCUGGUUGCUUUCAGAAGAACCAUCUACCUCGCUAUACAGUCCAGUUUGGACUUUGAGGAGUGUGCCCACAAACUGAUCAAGAUGGACUUUCCUGAUAGCCAGACGAAAGAGUUGUGUAACAUGAUCCUGGACUGCUGCGCUCAACAGAGGACCUACGAGAAGUUCUUUGGUUUGCUGGCCGGGAGGUUCUGUCUGCUAAAGAAAGAGUACAUGGAAAGUUUUGAAGGUAUUUUUGCGGAGCAGUAUGACACGAUUCAUCGACUGGAGACCAACAAAUUAAGGAACGUGGCCCGACUGUUCGCUCACCUGCUCUACACAGACUCUGUUCCCUGGAGUGUGUUGGAGUGUGUCAGGAUGAGUGAGGAAACCACGACGUCGUCCAGCAGGAUCUUUGUGAAGAUCCUUUUCCAGGAGCUCUGUGCCUACAUGGGCCUCCCCAGACUCAACCAGAGGCUCAAAGACCAGACUCUGCAGCCGUUCUUUGAAGGUCUGUUCCCUCGUGAUAAUCCAAGGAACACUCGCUUCGCCAUAAACUUCUUCACCUCUAUCGGACUGGGAGGACUCACGGACGAGUUGAGGGAACACCUGAAGAACGCUCCAAAGAUAAUCAUGACACAGAGACAGGAAGUGGAAUCCUCGGACUCUGACUCCUCCUCCUCAUCCUCCUCAUCUGACUCCUCCUCAUCAGACUCCUCCAGCGAUUCAGACUCCUCCUCCAGCAGCAGCAGCUCAGACUCAGAUGCCAAACACAGGAAGAAGAAGAAGAAGAGAACUGAACCAAUUGAGCAGAAGAAAAAGAAAGAGAAGGGCAAGAAGAAAAAGAAGGACAAAAGCUCUGACAAGAAGCAAAGCAGACACAAGAUAGCUGAGGAUGACAGUAACGAUGAGAAGCAGGCAAUGAAGCACGGGAAAGGCCGUGCACGUGAGAUGGAGGAACACGAGCAUGCACGUCAGGGCACACACCAGAGCAGACGAGACGAAAGACCAGAGGAAGAGGAGCCGCAGCGAAAAGAAGAGGACAGAAGUCGGAAAAUGGACUUUCAAGGCAGGCAAAGAGAUGGUGAAAGGGAGCGAGCGGGAGACAGAGGGAGGGAUAGGGAGAGAGAGAGGGAAAGAGAGAGGGAGCGAGAGCCCGAGGAGAAGAGGGAGAGGGAGCGAGAGAGGAAUAAAGAGAACAGGGACAAGAACAGAGAGAGAGAGGAGAGGAGGAGGAGAUAGAACUCUUCAUCCCUCCAUCCUGAAGCAGCAGUGAUGGACUGAUAACUGACAGACAAGUGAAUCUUUUCCCUCUGUCAUUCCUCUCUCUCUCUACCUUUCUCUACCCGUCUUUCUGUCAGUCUGUAUUUUCUAUUCUUAAUUUUUGUUGUUGAUGAAAUAAGGAAAAAAACAUUAAAGUUGCUUUAGAUGUUUUUUAA